AUGGUGGUGGCAGGAUGGGGGACAACGAACAAUUCAGGGUCCUCGUAACCGGUUCUAUAUAAAAGCACAUGCUACGUCAACGGGAGGAGACAUUCUCAGCGAGUAAUCGGGCCGGUGAUGACCAAACCGAUGUAAGGUCAUCGAAUUGAAAAAUUCGAUAAAAAGCACGUCUUAUCAAAUCUCCGUUGUGUUUGAUCACCGUAUUAGAUCUUACUUUGGAUCACGAAAAAUUUGAUAAAAAGCACGCCUUAUCAAAUCUCUAUUGCGUUUAACUACUGUGUUAUAUAUUACGUUAGUUUGGAUCACUCUGGAAAUUUCGUUAUUUUAGAAAAAUUGUUUGAAAUUCGAGAGGAAUAAUUUUUGAAGAACGUGUGAUAUGACGGAAGACGCGAGUCGUUCGAAAUCGUGCUAAAAGUUCGGAUCGGAUCAGUGACCGAGGGAAAAGUUUGAAACGGAGGAAUCGUCGAGUUGCUCGAAGAGAAUCGAACGGUUCGAUUAGAGUGAUUCGUGGACGGGAAAAAGUUUUGAGGAGAAAAAGAGGAAAAAGAGAAGAGAGCGAACGCGAAGGAGAGUGUGCCCGUUGGAAAAGGUGCGCAAGAAGGAGUGAAAGUUGAGCUGGUUGCUGAAUUCAGUUUGUUUGGAGGAUAGUGCACGGAGUUGUUAAAAGCGGUACCCUGGAACGGUGCCAUUUUUCUAGGCCCUAUCGGAUCUCAGUCUACCAGCCAGAAAGCGAAAUCGAAGGUGACAGGCGUGUGCUGAAGAAGGCCAGAUACGUGAGAAACCGCUUUUCAGAUGGGAACCAUUCUGCAGCAGUCGGUGCUAAAAGGCCGACAGACCAACGCCAGCAAGGAGAAGGAUUUGCUUCAUACAUUAUUCAAACAGACGGUGGAGAAUAAUUCUAGUCAACCGGCUAUCUACUACGAAGACGACGAUGGAAAGGUGUACACGAUCACGUACGAAGAGUUGAACCUGUUGACCAACCGGUUGGCUCGAGUUUUGCAAAAAUGCGAAAAACCAGAGAACUCAUCUCAAUCUUUCGUCGCUGUUUGCAUGAAACCCUCUCAUCGUCUUCCCGCCAUGUUACUGGCAAUAAUAAAAGCUGGAAUGGCUUAUCUACCCCUCGACGUCGAUUUCCCGAUGUCCAGGAUGAAACACGUUCUACAGGAAGCUAAACCUUUCGUGGUGCUCGUCGAGGAAGAAGCGGAUCCGUCGAUCUUCGAAGGAACAAAGACAGUUACUUACGAACAACUAUUGGAACAAUCUCGACACGAAGGGCAGGAGGAUCUAGAGAUCGAGGAAGAUCCUGAGCGAACCGCCAUCGUUCUUUACACUUCCGGAAGCACCGGCACUCCUAAAGGAGUGCUUUUGUCGCACGCGACCGUACUGAAUCGUUUACGAUGGCAAUGGAGAGAACUACCUUACAAAUCCGACGAGCAAUAUUGCAUCUUCAAGACGUCUUUGACAUUCGUCGACAGUGUGUCCGAAAUUUGGGGAUCCUUGUUACAGGGCCGUUGCUUGGUGGUUGUUCCGAAGCACGUCACGAGGGACCCGGAAAAAUUUGUGCAAGUAUUGGAGAAACACAAGAUUCAACGAUUGGUCCUGGUACCAUCUUUAUUGUACUCGAUGCUGAUGUACCUGAGUCUACGGGACAAGGAGAACAUACUACGCUCGUUGAGACUUUGGAUAUGUUCCGGCGAAACGUUACCAGUCGCACUGGCCGAUGAAUUUUUCACCAGGUUCGCGCACGACGACAACAAGAUUCUGGCGAAUUUCUACGGGAGCACGGAAAUCAUGGGGGAUGUUACCUACCAUCUCAUAAACGACCAAAGUCAGCUGCAGUCGAUGGAGAAAGUACCGAUUGGUAAAAGAAACUUCACGAUACUCUACUUUAGCGAUAACAGAAGUCUGAUAACGGAGCGGAAAAAUGAUAUUUCAGGGAAACCACUGGACAAUUGUAUCAUCUACAUCGUGAACAAAGAAAUGCGGCUGGUGCCGCAAGGGGAAGUCGGGGAAUUAAUAGUGGCUGGAAGAAACCUCGCAGCUGGAUACAUUCGGGACAACGAUUCUCACAAGUUCCAGGACAAUCCUCACGCUAUCGAUCCAGAGUACUCGAGGGUGUAUUGCACCGGUGACUACGCGAGGAUAUCGAAAGGUAUGGUUAUAUACGAAGGACGAAUGGAUUCGCAGAUCAAGAUCCGAGGACACCGCGUAGACCUGACGGAAGUUGAGAAAGCGGUGUCGAAAGUUCCGGGAAUCGACAAUGUGGUCGUACUCUGUUACAAACCUGGAGAACUGUCUCAAACGUUGCUCGCUUUCGUAACCGUUGCUGCCGGUUCGUGCAGUUGCGGGAAGAAAAUCGAAGGAAUCCUUCAAGCUACCUUGCCGCCUUACAUGCUGCCGCGUGUAAUCGUGGUGGACGGUAUACCUCUCUUAACAAACGGCAAGACCGAUCGUCAAGCCUUGCUGAAGCACUACGAGUCGAGCAACCUUAAUAAUGAGAACGAGGAAUUCGUCAACUGCGAUUACACCGGUGUACCCGACGAGGAUCUGGCGAAAGCGAGAGUCCUGUUUCCAACAGUGGCCUCUGUAAUCGGAGGAGGAGGAGGAGGUCGUUCAAACGUAAAGCUCGAUGCAAAUUUCUACGAGCUAGGCGGCAACUCGUUGAACUCGAUUUACACGGUGACAAAGCUGAGGGAUCAGGGAUACGAGAUAGGUAUUACGGAAUUCAUCACGGCGAAGGAUCUGGCCGAGGUACUCAGCCGAAUGAGAAUCAGCGCGGACGACGUUUCUCCAGAGAAUAAUAUCAACGAAGACGAGUAUACCUUUGAAAUGCUCAACGAUUCUCAUAAAAAGGAUGCGAUAGAAAUUAUCACGGAGAGUUUCUACAGCAAAGCGGAUUUGGAACAGUGGCUGAUGCCAGGAAUAGCAAAGGACGACUAUCGGAUAAUGAUGGAGAUCCUUUGGGAACCUCUCGUCGAGAAGAAUUUGAGUUUCGCAGUGAAAUCGGCUCGAGACGGCAGAACAAUUGCAGUGGGUUUGAAUUUCGAUCUAUGGGACGAGCCUGAAUUGAUACUCGAUUCGAAAUUGACGAUCGUCUUCGAGUUCCUCGAACACCUCGAAGCGCCGAUCAGAGAACGAAAACUGCCUAAGGGAAAGGGUCAGAUUAUCCAUAAUUUCAUGAUGACGACCAGCAGUGAUUUAAAUCCCGCCGAGAACGUGAUCAUGAUGAAAGCGAUGGAGGAAUACUGCUUGAAAUUGGCUAAAAGGAAAGAGUACGCUGGUAUUUUCACCACCAACACCAGCCCUCUUACACAGCAACUCGGAACAGAUGUGUUUGGAUACGAUACGAUGCUUACUUACCAAGUGAACAAAUACUGCGCCCCAGAUGGUACGAAGCCCUUUGGAGAAGCACCGGACAAUCAACUGGCAAUUUGCUCGUUAAAAAUGAUCGUUUAAUGAUACCUGAAAACAAAACGGAAACGUUAGUAAUCUGCAUGGUGAGAGGGCGCUAUUUGUCGCUGUCCGUGGCAAUAAUGAAAUUGAUGUAUAUUUAAGUACUAUAGGAAGUCGAGUAUUAAUUUAUUAUAAUCGUAUAAAUUAUUUCGUUUGGUGCUCGUACGAGACGAUUACUCUACGACUGUUUCGUAUUUGAAUACAGUCCUUAUUAUCGUUAGUUUAUCUUUGUGCACCAUUUUGUUAUGUUAACGCACUGACGCGUGACGAAGGAAUGUAAUAGCCGCAUGAAAUGCGAGAUAUUGUAAAUAUUUUUGUACAUAAAAAUAGUACGUAUGUGAUAAACGACUAUGUUAUCCGGUCGUUGUAGUUAAGAAUGUUUAAAUUUGUCGACUCCCCCUACCCAAAAUUGUUGACAGAAUAUUGAAAAAGUUGUUCUGAUAACGCCAUUGCGCUGUUAGUCAAUUGUAAUACGAAUAGAAUAAACAUACUGUUAAGCAAU